AUGCUACGGUUUACUCAUCGAGGCCUUCCCUCCAGCACUCGUUUUAGAAACAUUUUCGUAAGGUUAAAUCACAUUUAUGUACCAUGGUUCUAUGCCAUAGACGUACCCAACUCCAAACCCUAUUUACCCACAUAUCAAACUUUACACUCACCCAAAAAGUUUAAGCCGUUCUCCGUUGAUGAUUCUAAUCGUUUGGAAAAGGCCAGUAAGCGUCAAGAACGCAGGCCUGUUUUAGUCAACGAAGAUUACCUGUUUAAAGUCGACCUCUCUCACAUGGAAUUGUCCCCUACCUAUUGGGAAGGCCCUACUUAUCAAGUACGAAGAGGUGUGUGGUUCGACUCUUCAAAUCAACCUUUGUCCAGUGAUCUUACCUCCGAAAUUGAAGGGUUGUAUAAGCAGCUCAAAUUCGACGACAGUAAUGAUGAUCCGACCACGACACCUCCUGCAGAAUCGCAAGAUAUAUUUAGGCUCAAAGGUAAAUACCCAGUCGAUAAAGAAAACGAAGGAGAGCAAAAAAAUGGAUCCAGCAAUAAAGAUGAGAACGAAUCUACUUUCAAGUUUAUUUUGUUUGCCAAUAAACAAACUGCAUUUUUACUAUCGGAUUUAGAUGGAGGAAAACUGCAAUUAGCCUUUCUAAGGUCUAAUCUGGCUCAAUCCUUACCGAUUAAUGCUACAAUGAUUACAAGAUCAUACAAAUAUUCAUCCUCCGCAACUACUAAACAGACAUCCACAUCUUUUAAGGCAGCAAAAACGCCUCAAACGGAAGUAGCAGAUGGUAGUAACAGUUCCAAAUCGAGGAGCAUUGAAACAAAGUUAGAAAAGAAAGUUUCAAACCUCUUCAAUUUAUCGGACUUUUUACAGUUGUUCAAUGGUAAUGCUAGUAAAGAUCAAGAUGAUGCACAGAGCUUGGAAAAGCAAAUGGAAACAGACUAUAACAAUGCAGAUAACAGUCAAGGCGCUAAUGCUAGUAGCAAAAUAGAAGAUGGCAAAAAUUCGGGCGCAAGCGAUAGACAAAUUAGAAGUAACAGAAGAGAUGUGGAUAACUUGAUACUAUGCGUUCACGGUAUAGGUCAGACUUUGGGUAAGAAGUACGAAUACGUAAAUUUCGCACACACGGUAAAUCUACUUAGGUCUAAUAUGAAAAAAAUCUACAAUAAUUCUGAGAAACUACAAUCAUUAAACACAGCACCUGAUUAUAAAAGCAACUGUAACGUUCAAGUGCUACCCAUCACCUGGAGGCACUCGAUAAGUUUCCAAACGGAUGCUAAGGAGGAAAAUAUAGAAAAUCCUGACCUACCGACUUUGUCACAAGUCACAGUAAAUGGAGUGUUACCCUUGAGGAAGCUACUGGCUGACGGUCUACUAGAUAUUUUGUUGUAUGUCGAACCAUACUACCAAGAUAUGAUUCUACAACAAGUAACCUCUCAAUUGAACAAAACAUAUCGGAUUUUUAAAGAAUUUAAUCCAGAGUUUGAUGGGAAAGUCCAUUUAGUGGGCCAUUCGUUGGGUAGUAUGAUAUUAUUUGAUAUUCUAUCCAAACAAAAAAAAUAUGAAUUAGAAUUUCAAGUAGACAACCUGUUCUUUAUUGGCUCACCAAUUGGAUUGUUAAAGUUAAUUCAAAGAACAAAAAUUGGUGACCGUCCCGAAUUUCCCAAUGACUUGGAGAGAAAAUUAACCGUACAGAGACCGCAAUGUAAGGACAUUUAUAAUGUUUACCACGUCUGUGAUCCCAUUUCUUAUAGGAUGGAACCUCUUGUUAGUAAAGAAAUGGCUCAUUACGAACAAACUUAUUUACCACAUUGUAGUGAAGCUUAUGGACUAACUUCUAAAGUUUUGGAAUUUGGCGAAAACAUAUGGAAAGAUUUGCCAGGUACUGAUGAAAAUAAUUUGCAGUCCAAAAAAACUUCUCCAGAAAAAAAAGAGGUCAAGUUAUCAGAAAAUCUUACGAGAAUGCUUACAGGUUUGAAUUACACCGGACGUCUAGAUUAUGCUAUGUCUCCAAGUCUGCUAGAAGUGGAUUUUAUAUCAGCUAUAAAAUCACAUGUUUCUUAUUUCGAAGAACCGGAUAUUGCAGCGUUUAUCCUAAAAGAAAUUUUAAGUAAACAUGAAAAUGCAUCAGAAAUAUAUGUAAAAAGAAAGACUGGUUGA